AUGGAAUGGAUUCAUAGGUCUUUUAAUGAAAGGGCCGAUUAUUUAUCGAAAAUUGUUGACAAUGAUGACUGGGGUAUUUCUAAAGAAAUUAUGUCAAUGAAAUGUCAUAAAAAGGAAAUUGAAGAGCUUCCGGAAGUGUUGGUGGACAAGGUGGACCUACUCCCUGGCGUUUUACGUAGACCAAGAGCAGAUAAUACGUGUAAAAAGUAUGAGAGCGCAUUCUUUCGUUGGAAAAAGUGGGCUUUGUUCUCCAACAGAUUUAAAGACAGUCACCAAUGGGUUAGUGAAAGUGCCAAGGAUGGCCAUAUCAAAGAUAAUCUAGAAGAAAGAUUGUCUGUUUUUAGUGCUUUAGCUGAUGUUCCUCCGGAAUGUAACCCAUGGUCCCCGUGGGGUGACUGCACACCAGCCAAGCCGUACACAUUUGGAACUAGACAGAGAAACAGGAUGUGUUCUGAACAACCAAAUACUAAUUGCUACGGAGAUUCUAUUGAGACGAAACCCUGCGAAAACCCGUGCAUAACAACACCCGCACAAUGCGAAAACGGCAUGGUAUGGAGCGAGUGUGGAAACAGAUGUCCUCACACCCGCAUUGAUGUAAGACCUGGCACGUGCACUGAAGAUGACGGUGACGAAUGUGUACCAGGUUGCACAUGUCCCGACGGGAAAGUUUUGUAUGACGGGGAGUGUGUGCUCAAGAGGAAGUGCCCCUGUUACGACGAAGACGGGAAUGCUGUGUUGCCAGGCUUUGAAGUAAAUGUUGGUCCAUGCGAAACUUGUGUUUUACUGAACGGCGAUCCAUACAGUUGUGGCGAGAAGGUCGAUACUGGCGAGUGCCCACGCAAACCAUGUCCCGCUGAUUGUAAGAUACGCGGCAUUCCAUACCACAUUGGUGACGUCACAAAGGAAGAAGGUUGCGAGGUCUGUCACUGCACAACACAGGGUGAACAGUGCGAAAAUGACACACAUGCUAUUGUUGACGGAAACUGGUCUAGCUGGAGCGAAUGGAGCACGUGCAGUAGGUCAUGUGAUGGCGGCGUAACAAAUAGAUACAGACAAUGUAAUGAUCCACUUCCACAGUGCGGCGGUGCGCCAUGCAAGGGCCGAAACUCUAAUACCAAACCAUGUAACAAUGAUGUUUCCUGUUGUGAAGUUACAGCCUUUAGCCAGUGGUCUGAAUGUUCUGCAACAUGUGACAGAGGAACCAGGACACGCGAACGUGCCUACAAGAGCCAAGCCGAUACCAGUGUGUGCGAUAAAGUGCUGCAAGGAACGGAGACUUGUCUUGAACACGAGUGCGACAUGAAGUGCAAUGUAAGUCAGUGGUCCGAGUGGUCUGACUGCUCAGAGGAUUGUGGUAUUGGUAGAAAAACGAGAACGAGGAAUGUACGAGGACCCAAAUUCCCAGACUGCCCAAAUCUCACAGACUCAGCUGUAUGCUAUGAGAAAUCUUGUCGCUGUGGACCAAACGAGGAAUUCUCUAAUCACACCCUAUGUGAGCACACCUGCGCUAGCAGAUUUGACGGACCACCAGCAGAUUGUGAGGAGAAACUCAAAGACGGGUGUAUCUGCGAAGACGAUUAUUACAGAGAUGAAAACGGCGACUGCGUGAAAAUUAACGAAUGUGAUAAAUGCUACGUCGACGGCGAAUACAAGAAGCCUGGCGAAACAUGGACUUCCGGAGAGAAUGAGUGUUCUGCAUGCGAGUGUAUCGCUGGAGCUGUAAAAUGCUCACCAGUUUGUGAAAUACCUACAUGUGAAGAGGAUGAAACGCUCAGCUACGAAGGACCUAACCCUUGCUGUCCAAGAUGUGUCAAACGUACAGAUUCUUGCCGACAGUACACACGCAAAGAUUUCCUGCAGGAUUCUGCCCAUAAAUGUCGCUCUGCAUCCAAGAUAGACUUCUCAUAUUGUGAGGGCUCCUGCGGUAACAGUACAUCCAUGCCUAUGUUAUUCUCCAAGCCUAACAAUAACAUGCUAGACAAUGACUGCAGAUGCUGUACAGCUGAUGUAAGCCAUUAUGAUGAGGUGAAUGUUCUGUGUGGCGAGGGAAUGAACCAGAGCUUAAAGACAGCAUUUUUCCCAGUCGUAGUCGGUUGUAGAUGUCAGCCGUGCCAGGAAGUUACAGAAAACCCGAUUGUCAAAGGACGAUAGACCAACCUCGGAACGUUUAACCGACGACGAUUUUAGCCAAUUUUAUAAUUAUGAUGACUUUAUUGAUGCCGACCAAAUGAAAUGCGAAAAACUUUGUCCUGUAAAUAGACCCUUGCAAAAUGAAAAAAUACAAAAAAAAAAUCCCCCGUGAUAAAAAUAAACUGUGUAAAUAGAAAAAAAAAUGUUACAGAAAAUACAAAUGAAAAGAUGGCAUUAUAAAAAUGAUUUAAAAAAAUAAUAAAAAAUAAAAAAAUA